AUGUCGCCGGUAACAGCAGACCAGCCCACUCCCCGGCCGUACAGGUCCCAUCUCCGCCCGGCCUGCCUGCAAUGCCGUAGGCGCAAGUCCCGAUGCCAGCAGCAGGAGGGGAUCACGUCGUCAACCUGUCAGAUGUGCCACGUUUACGGCACUGAUUGCGAGUUCCCGCCGUCUCCCCGGAGCGCCGGCCGCGUACCGGCGCCGCCGCCGCUCAACCCCGGCAAAGUCCAGAAACCAUACCGCACCACCAACCACCACCAUCACCACCGGCGCCCCCCGCAGUCCAACACACCAUGUCGGCGGGAACCUCUUGCGUCGGCGGCCAAGGUCUAUGCAUCCCAGAGCGCUACCGGCGCCGCCGCCGCCGCCGCCAUCCGGCACUCCACGUCUUCGCCGACGGGCACCGCGUCGUCCGGCGGCUCGGCCCCGGGCUCGGGUCCCCAGGCCAUGCUCGACCCGCACAACACGCACCUGAUGCUGGCGCUCGACAGCCCCGAGGACGAGGACAACUCGCACAUCAUCGGGCCCGCGGUCACCAACGACACGCAGGUGCUGGCGGACUACCUCAGCUCGGAGCCCGCCAUCCACGACCGCAUGAUCCGCGUGGUCAAGCCCAGGCCGGGGGCCCAGCCGAACCAGGUGUCCCGGUCCACGGUGUCGGGCGGCGUCCGGAAGCCCGUCAUCUUCACGGCGGUUCGAAAGCGGCCCUACGGCCUGUCGCCGAGACAGACGGCGCCGUUGCAGAAGUACCAGAUUGUGGAGAAGAUGUUGGAGCCGUGGACGUCAACGUUGAUAGACUUAUAUUUCCAGAAAGUCAACAUUUGCUUUCCCCUUCUCGACGAGGUAUCAUUCAAGCACCAGUUCACCACCGCAAGAGACAGGAUAUCACCGGCACUGCUGUCUGUUUUGUAUGCGCACUCCAUGAUCUUCUGGAAGAACAGCCCAGAUCUACCCUCGGAGUACUGCCCCGACUCUCGGUUCAUAUGGAACCAGGCGACCGAGACGCUGUUUUCAGAACUCCACAUCUCGCCCGGGAUAUCCACCAUCAUCGCCAUCAUCCUCAACGUCGGCGGCAGGCCGACGACGUCGAUGAUCAUGAACGAGAUCCAGCUGGGGGCCGCCGUAUCGCUCGCCCAGUCACUGGGCUUGAACCGGGACCCCACAGACUGGAACAUCUCUGUUCCCGAGAAGUGCCUGCGCAUGAAGAUAUGGUGGGCGCUUGUGGUUCACGACAAAUGGUUGAGUCUGGCAUACGGCACCCCGCCACAGAUAAAGCGAUACCAGUACGACGUGCCGGACCCCUCGCUGGAGUACCUCACCACGCAAGAUGCCACGGACGCCCAGAGGCAAGCCGCGUCGGUGUUCAUGGCCCUCGUCACGCUGACGGGCGUCCUCGACAAGUUCCUCGACCACGUCUACGACCUGAACCAGGAGCGCGACCAGCAGACCAGCGGCCGGACGUCGCUCGACCUGGAGCUCAGCCUCGGGCAGUGGGAGGACUCCCUGGGCGACGACGUCAGGCGGAUCGUCACGCGCGGCAACGACCUGCGCGCCCCCGGGGCCGCGAACCUGCGGCUGGCGUACCUCUCGACCAAGCUUCUGCGCAGGCGAAUCGAGCUCGACAUCGAGAAGCAGGACGACAACUCCACCACCGGGGCGACAGCGGCAGCACAAGCGGCAGCGGCGGUCCCGGGGGACGCACUAACGAACCGCUACAUCCAGGUCCGCCGGGCGGCCGAGGAGAUCGUGCUCCUCGUGCAGGAGCUCGAGGAGGACCACCUUGGCGACUUCUGGCUGCCGGUCAGCGCCUUCGCCUUCACGUCGGCGACGACGUUCCUGCUGCGCUGCGCCCUCGAGACGGAGAACACGGCGGGCGGGCUGGCGCAGAGCGCGUCCCUCAAGCUGGCCAAGGACCUCGUCGACGCCCUGCAGGCGCACCAGCGGGACGCCGGCUGGGACCUGGGCGACCUCUGCCUGGCGCAGUACGCCGAGGUCGUCGAGAGGCUGCUUGCGGCGGAGAGCCCGUCCGCGACGGUCCCCGAGUUCCAGCAGCUGAUGAUGUCGUCCGAGGUCCCCAUCAUCGACGAGCUCUUCCCCAACCUCUGGGACAUGUUCUGA